AUGUCAGACUCAACUACCAACACACAACCUUUACAAAAGGAACAUUCAAAUGAAUCGUCAAUAUCACAAGCUGAAGUUCCACAACAAUUAAAUCAAAAUGAUAUCGAAGCUCAAAAAGUUGAAAAUGAUGGUUAUGGUGAUGAAUUAUCAAGAACAGAAUCAAAUAACACUGAAGCUAGUAGACAAUUAUCAAGAGCUUUAACUGGUGCUGAUGAUAUUCAAGAACAAUUAUCCAAACAAAAAACUCCACUACCCCCAAUGGGUCUUAAUAAAGAAAUCCCAACAGAUUAUCCAGAUCGUGAACCUUAUACCGUCAGUUAUAAUGGUCCUGAUGAUCCAUUACAUCCUCAUAAUUGGCCAUUAAAGAAAAAAAUAAUGACUUGUGCUAUCAUUGGUUAUUGUACAGGUUGUGUUGCUUGGGGUUCAUCAAUUUUUUCAUCUGCUACAUUAGUUGUUUCUGCUAAAUAUAAUGUUGGUUUAACUGUUUCUACAUUAGGUACUUCACUUUUCGUUUUAGGGUUUGCAUUAGGUCCAGUUGUUUAUGGUCCAUUAAGUGAAUUAUACGGUAGAAGAAGUGUCAUGUUGAUUUCAUUAUUAGGUUUUACACUUUUUCAAUUUGCCGUUGCAACAGCUGAAAAUCUACAAACUAUAUUGAUUUGUAGAGCUUUUGGUGGUAUGAUUGGUGCUGCUCCUUUAGUUGUCGUUCCUGCUUCAUUUGCUGAUUUAUUUGGUCCUCAAUCAAGAGGUAAAGCUAUUACUAUUUUCUCAAUGACUGUUUUCUGUCUACCAAUUAUUGCACCAGUUGCUGGUUCUUUUAUUGUUAAUAGUUAUUUAGGCUGGAGAUGGACUGAAUAUAUUACUGGUAUUAUGAUCGCGGCUGGUUUAGUUGUUGCUUGUGUGUUUUAUGAAGAAACUCAUCAUCCAGUUAUUUUAAGUUACAAAGCUAGAGAAUUGAAAAAUAGAACUGGUAAUUGGUUAAUUCAUGCUCCUCAUGAUGAAUUUCAAUUAUCAAUUAAAGAUAUUGUUGAAAAAAACAUUAAUAGACCAUUGAAAAUGUUAAUUACAGAACCAAUCCUUUUAUUAAUUUCAUUAUAUAAUGCAUUUAUUUAUGGUAUUCUAUACUUGUUAUUAUCUGCUUAUCCAAUCAUUUUUGCUGAAGGUUAUAGAAUGAAAGGUGGUGUUGCAGAAUUACCAUAUUUAGGUGUUGCAAUUGGUAUGGUUACAGGUGGUUGUUUCUGUUAUUUAAUGGAAGGUAAAUAUUUAAAAGCCAUGGCUAAUAAUGGUGGUAAACCAGUUCCAGAAGCAAGAUUAUUCCCAAUGUUUGGUGGUGCUAUUGCUUUCCCAGUUGGUAUCUUUUGGUUAACAUGGACUGGUAAUUAUCAUGAAAAAGUUCAUUGGAUGGCACCAACUGCUUCAGGUGUUUUCACAGGUUUUGGUUUAAUUACAAUUUUCAAUGCAUCAAUUAAUUAUUUAAUUGAUUCUUAUUUAAUUUUUGCUGCAUCUGCCUUAGCUGCUAAUGCAUUUUUAAGAGCUGCAUUUGCUUGUGCUUUCCCAUUGUUUGCAACUCAAAUGUUCCAUAAUUUAGGUACUAAUUGGGCUGGUCUUUUAUUAGCUUGUGUUGGUUUUGCUUUAUUACCAGUUCCUUUCUUAUUCUAUAGAUUUGGUAAAAGAAUAAGAGGUAAAUCAAAAUUUGCUUUUGUUUUAUCAUAG